GUCACAUCCCAAGAGUUACAGGCAGUUUGAAAGCUCUGCUUUCUGCUUGACCUUUGAAAGUCCUAUGAGGGACCAUUGACGGUUUCCUCAGUAAUUUCCACCAGGAUGUAUUUCUCUCUCAUCACUCCACCUCAGGUAGUGCUCUGAAAGCUAUCCUUUCUGAACAGCAGCAGAGCCAGCCGCACCAUGGGUGACAUCAACCAAGAUGCCGUGGAGAAAUACCUGGAGGAGAACCCUCAGUUUGCCAAGGAGUACUUUGACAAGAAGCUCCGGGUGGAGGUGCUGGGAGAAAUCUUCAAGAAUAGCCAGGUGCCAGUCCAGUCCAGCAUGUCCUUUCCGGAGCUGACCCAGGUGGAGGAGUCGGCCCUGUGCUUGGAGCUGCUGUGGACCGUGCAGGAGGAGGGGGGCACCCCAGAGCAGGGGGUUCACAGGGCCCUGCAGAGGCUGGCCCACCUGCUCCAGGCUGACCGCUGCAGCAUGUUCCUGUGCCGGGCCCGGAACGGCACACCUGAGGUGGCUUCCAGGCUGCUGGACGUCACCCCCACCUCCAAGUUUGAGGACAACCUGGUGGGCCCUGACAAAGAAGUUGUGUUUCCAUUGGACAUUGGGAUAGUGGGUUGGGCUGCUCACACGAAGAAAACGCAUAAUGUCCCAGAUGUGAAAAAGAACAGUCAUUUUUCUGACUUCAUGGACAAGCAAACUGGGUAUGUCACUAAGAACCUGCUGGCAACCCCGAUCGUGAUGGGCAAGGAGGUUCUUGCUGUGAUCAUGGCACUUAACAAAGUAAAUGCAUCUGAAUUUUCCAAACAGGAUGAAGAGGUCUUUUCCAAAUACCUCAACUUUGUGUCUGUCAUCCUAAAGCUUCAUCAUACCACCUACAUGUACAAUAUUGAAUCCCGAAGAAGCCAGAUCCUUAUGUGGUCAGCCAAUAAAGUAUUUGAAGAACUCACAGAUGUUGAGCGACAGUUUCACAAAGCUCUCUACACAGUUAGAACAUACCUGAACUGUGAAAGAUACUCCAUUGGACUGCUGGACAUGACCAAGGAGAAGGAAUUCUACGAUGAAUGGCCAAUCAAGCUUGGAGAAGUAGAGCCUUAUAAAGGUCCAAAGACACCUGAUGGCAGGGAAGUCAACUUUUAUAAAAUCAUUGAUUACAUUUUACAUGGAAAAGAAGAGAUCAAAGUGAUCCCGACGCCUCCUGCAGACCACUGGACACUCGUUAGUGGGUUGCCAACAUAUGUUGCUGAAAAUGGAUUUAUCUGUAACAUGAUGAAUGCCCCUGCAGAUGAAUACUUCACAUUUCAGAAAGGACCUGUAGAUGAAACUGGCUGGGUCAUUAAGAAUGUUUUGUCCCUGCCUAUUGUCAACAAGAAAGAAGACAUUGUGGGAGUGGCUACAUUUUACAACAGGAAGGAUGGAAAACCUUUCGAUGAGCAUGAUGAAUACAUUACUGAGACUCUCACACAAUUUCUUGGAUGGUCUCUUUUAAAUACUGACACCUAUGAAAAGAUGAAUAAGCUGGAAAACAGAAAGGACAUAGCUCAGGAAAUGCUCAUGAACCACACCAAAGCUACUCCUGAAGAAAUUAAGUCCAUCUUGAAAUUUCAAGAGAAGUUAAAUGUUGAUGUAAUUGAUGAAUGUGAAGAAAAACAACUUGUUGCAAUUUUGAAAGAGGACCUGCCAGACCCACGCUCAGUAGAACUGUAUGAAUUCCGCUUCAGUGACUUCCCCAUUACAGAGCACGGAUUGAUUAAAUGUGGAAUACGACUGUUUUUUGAAAUAAAUGUGGUGGAGAAAUUCAAAGUACCCGUAGAGGUUCUUACCAGAUGGAUGUACACUGUGAGGAAAGGAUACCGCGCUGUCACCUACCACAACUGGCGGCAUGGGUUCAAUGUGGGACAGACCAUGUUUACUUUGCUGAUGACUGGAAGAUUAAAGAAAUACUACACGGAUCUCGAAGCCUUUGCCAUGCUCGCUGCUGCUUUCUGCCAUGAUAUUGACCACAGAGGCACCAAUAAUUUGUACCAGAUGAAAUCCACAUCUCCAUUAGCCAGACUCCAUGGUUCUUCUAUUUUGGAGAGGCACCACCUGGAGUACAGUAAGACUCUGCUGCAGGAUGAGAGUUUAAACAUCUUCCAGAACCUAAAUAAGCGGCAGUUUGAAACAGUUAUUCAUUUGUUUGAGGUCGCAAUAAUAGCAACUGACCUGGCUUUAUAUUUCAAGAAGAGAACCAUGUUUCAAAAAAUUGUUGAUGCCUGUGAACAAAUGCAAACGGAAGAAGAAGCCAUAAAAUAUGUAACUGUUGAUCCAACCAAAAAAGAGAUUAUCAUGGCAAUGAUGAUGACUGCAUGUGACUUGUCUGCUAUCACCAAACCCUGGGAGGUCCAAAGUCAGGUAGCACUUAUGGUUGCAAAUGAAUUUUGGGAACAAGGAGAUCUGGAGAGAACAGUGUUGCAGCAACAACCUAUUCCUAUGAUGGACAGAAACAAAAAAGAUGAACUACCUAAACUUCAAGUUGGAUUUAUUGAUUUUGUUUGUACUUUUGUAUAUAAGGAGUUCUCACGGUUUCACAAAGAAAUCACACCUAUGCUGAGCGGUCUUCAGAAUAACAGAGUAGAAUGGAAAUCCCUUGCUGAUGAGUAUGAUGCAAAGAUGAAGGUCCUUGAAGAGGAGGCAAAAAAGCAAGAAGAAGGAGCCGAAAAAGCUGCUGAAGAUGCAGGAGGUGGUGAUGAUAAGAAGUCCAAAACAUGUUUAAUGUUAUAAUAUAAUCUCAGCGGUCUAAACUUCAAAUAUCAUUGUACCUUUGAAGAAAACCAGAAAAUAUUCAAAAGAACUUCAGCAAAUCAUCAAGUAACAGAGUAAGAGAAUCUUCAGAAAAACUACCCUUUGACUAUGAGGAAAAUAUAUAUUGCUAGCCCAAAAACCCCAAGGGCAAAAUAAAGUUCAACAAAAGUACAAAAUAUGACAAAAAUGGGUACAUUUUUGGUGCCAAUUUAUUUUAAAUUAAAAAAUAUGCAAUCCUGAAACUAGUCACAAAUUAUUUUUUCAAACAUUAAUUGUAUUUAUUUGCUAAAGCUGCCAUAACAAAGUACCACAGGCUGGGUGCUUAACCAAUAAAAGUGUAUUUUCUCACAGUCUUGGGGGCUGGAAGUUCAAGAUCAAGGAGUUGGCAGGAUUGGUGUCUUGUGAGGCCUCUCAACUUGGUUUGCAGAUGGCCAUCUUCUCCCUGUGUCUUUACAUGGUCAUCCCUCUGUGUGGCUGUGUCCUAAUCUCCUUUUCUUAUUAGGACUCCAGUAGGAUUGGAUUAGGGCCCACGCGCGUGACCUCAUUUUAGUCUUAAAUUACCUCAUUAAUGGCCUUAUCU